GUUAGUGACAGCAAGUUUAACAGUCUCCGGACCCAGGGUUCAACUCGGCCACUACACAUAUGGCAGAUCAUCCACGAUGCCAAGGAAAGUGUUAGUCGACAAAGUGAGCAGACAUUGGCUUCAAUGCUGAAAAAGACAGGAGGUAACUAAUAAAUAAAAGAGAAAGCAUAUGUUUCAUUGUUAUCAUUGUUGAUGUGGGAUAGUUAUUUUCUCACUUGGAGGUUUUUCAGUGUAGGCCAAUUAAACCAGUGCAUGUUAACACAACUGUUUACUUUAGUUUGGGGCAUUUUGCUCACUAUACAGUACUGAUUUUUUCCAAAAUAGUUUGAUGUUGAAUACUGAGCGCUAAAUGUUUUAUAUUGCUACUGUUUCUUUAUUGGUAAAAAUCAUUACCCCUAAUUUUUGUCUCAGAAAACUGUGUUACCUUACGAAAGGUCAUUUUACACACUUUGUAUCUUUCUUUUGACAAAGAACCAUUAGAUGGCUCACCAGUUGUUGCUAGGAGAGACGUUACAAUCCCGAAAGAGAUAAUUGAGGAACUGCAUCAGCUGCAAGCAAGGGAUGGCCUGACAUGGGAAGAUGCUGUCACCAGUGUAAGGGGCUCCCUGGUUCCA